AUGUCCCACUAUAGGGAUUUGAAAUUUACACCCACCUCAUACUUACAGCACGUAAAAUUUCAAGCUUCCUUCUUUGAGUAUCUUGUAUUUCUCGUCCCGACAAAUUGGAAACCUAACGACGAUAUCCUCCGCACUAUGCUGAUUGUUAAAAGCAAACACAAGCUUCAACCAAAAUGCGACAUAACACUCAUAAAAAAUGCUUUACGUUGA